UCCCCCUCCCGCCGCAGCGGCGGCAGCAGCUGUUCUCGGUGUAAACAAGUCGCGGCGACUGUGAACCGGGCCGGGGUGGGGGACGGCGCCCACCAGGGCCCCCCACUCCCAGGCCAGCCACCCCGGCGGACCGGGCUCCCGCGCGCCCAGGCGAGGCACUGGGCUCCCUCUGCUCCCCGUGGGCCGCUCCCCGCGUGGGGCCACUGCCCCUGGCCCCCGCCAUGGUGCGGAUUUCAAAACCCAAGACGUUUCAGGCCUACUUGGAUGAUUGUCACCGAAGGUAUAGCUGUGCCCACUGCCGUGCUCACCUGGCCAACCACGACGACCUCAUCUCCAAGUCCUUCCAGGGCAGUCAGGGGCGUGCCUACCUCUUCAAUUCCGUGGUGAACGUGGGCUGCGGGCCAGCCGAGGAGCGGGUGCUGCUGACAGGCCUUCAUGCUGUCGCUGAUAUCCACUGCGAGAACUGCAAGACCACUUUGGGCUGGAAAUAUGAACAGGCCUUCGAGAGCAGCCAGAAGUACAAAGAGGGGAAGUACAUCAUUGAACUCAACCACAUGAUCAAAGACAACGGCUGGGACUGACCCCCACUCUUGCCGCAUGUGGCUCCAGCCCGGCCUGGCCGCCAGGGGGCGCCACUGGCUUCCCUUCUCUGCCGGAAGGGAGCUCUGGACCUGCAGAGCCCCUGCAGAGGAAGGAUUCGGCUCCUGUACAUAUAUUUUAUUGCAUGCACUGUGACCUUGGGGGUGGAGAUCAGAAGGUGGACGACACCACCACCCCCACCUCCCUGCGAUCUGGCUGGCUUGGAUCUCAUUUUUUAACCUCUUCCUGCCCCGCCUACCCUAUAGAUAUGGCCUGUGUGCUGUUCUCUUAGCCCAGUGCAGCAUCUGCCCUGUGAACUCCUCCCACUGGGCUCCUCUUACCGCACGCGUGUCCCCUCCCCUACCUAGUCUGUAGCGUUUGUAUAUAAUAAAACAAUGAAGCGGA